UUGCUAGAGUCAGGAGGGGAGGGUCCCUGUGGGCACAGGGAAUAGUCUGCCUUGGCCUUCAGUGGUGGUGCCAGGGGAACCAUGCCACUCUACGGGCGUGCUCGAGGCCAUGUCAUCCAUCCCUCAGUUCUGGGCCAACGCCCUGUUCCACCCAUGGCUGGCCCCAUCACUGCAUCUGUACCUGAGAAGAUCUGCUAUGGAGCUUUCUCCUGCAGUGGGGCUGUUCCCCUAGAGGCCAACAAUCCAUCAUUUGGGCCCUUGCCCUCAGUCAGCCACCUAAAUACAAGAACUCAGAUCGCCAUGGAUCGGAUGAAGAAGAUCAAACGGCAGCUGUCAAUGACACUCCGAGGUAGCCGAAGCAUAGACAAGACCAAUGGUGCCACUGAGCAGAUAGGCCUGGAUGAGAGUGGUGGUGGUGCGCUACCAGCUGACAUCCGGCUACCUGAGGGCUACCUUGAGAAGCUGACCCUCAAUAGCCCCAUCUUUGACAAGCCACUCAGCCGCCGCCUCCGUCGUGUCAGCCUGUCUGAGAUUGGCUUUGGGAAACUGGAGACUUACAUUAAGCUGGACAAGCUGGGCGAGGGUACCUAUGCCACCGUCUACAAAGGCAAAAGCAAGCUCACAGACAACCUUGUGGCGCUCAAGGAGAUCAGACUGGAACAUGAAGAGGGGGCACCGUGCACCGCCAUCCGGGAAGUGUCCCUGCUCAAGGACCUCAAACACGCCAACAUUGUUACACUACAUGACAUCAUCCACACGGAGAAGUCCCUCACCCUUGUCUUUGAGUACCUGGACAAGGACCUGAAGCAGUACCUGGAUGAUUGUGGGAACAUCAUCAACAUGCACAAUGUGAAACUGUUCCUGUUCCAGCUGCUUCGUGGCCUGGCCUACUGCCACCGGCAGAAGGUGCUACACCGAGACCUCAAGCCCCAGAACCUGCUCAUCAAUGAGAGAGGAGAGCUCAAGCUGGCUGACUUUGGUCUGGCCCGGGCCAAGUCAAUCCCAACAAAGACGUACUCCAAUGAGGUGGUGACACUGUGGUACCGUCCCCCUGACAUCCUGCUUGGGUCCACGGACUACUCCACUCAGAUUGACAUGUGGGGUGUGGGCUGCAUCUUCUAUGAGAUGGCCACAGGCCGGCCCCUCUUCCCGGGCUCCACGGUGGAGGAACAACUGCAUUUCAUCUUCCGCAUCUUAGGAACCCCAACUGAGGAGACGUGGCCAGGCAUCCUGUCCAAUGAGGAGUUCAAGACCUACAACUACCCCAAGUACCGAGCCGAGGCCCUUUUGAGCCACGCACCCCGACUUGAUAGUGACGGGGCUGACCUCCUUACCAAGCUGCUGCAGUUUGAGGGUCGAAAUCGGAUCUCCGCAGAGGAUGCCAUGAAACAUCCAUUCUUCCUCAGUCUGGGGGAGCGGAUCCACAAACUUCCUGACACUACUUCCAUAUUUGCACUAAAGGAGAUUCAGCUACAAAAGGAGGCCAGCCUUCGGUCUUCAUCAAUGCCUGACUCAGGCAGGCCAGCUUUCCGCGUGGUGGACACCGAGUUCUAAGCCACAGACCGAGGCCCCAGCAGGCAGCGGCUGGAGGGAUGCCACACCCUUCACAGGGCAGCCCCCAACUACAUCUUCCCUGCUUACUCUCUGCCUACCUGCCUGACCCAUGUUCGCCUGCCCGCUUGUCCCCUGCUGCCUGCCCAAACACCCGACCAUUGGCCUGUCAACCCACCUAUUGGCCUGUCUGCUGGGUGCUAACAAAGCUCUCAUCACUCCUUCACUUGGUCUGUCUGUCUCUGUCUUGGUAGUUGCCGGCGGACAGCAUGGCCGUGCCAGCCUCCCACACUGAGGCCAGGCCUACCCCUCAUCAUACCAUCCCCCAGGACCACUACCCCACGGCCAGCCAGGGGUCGAGAGCUAGUCCAGGCUGGGGAUCUCAACUCAGACAAGAUGGUGACAAUGCCUUGAGUCUGAAGUGUCCCUGCCUGCUUUCCUGCCUGCCCCACUUGCCUCAUAUUAUGUGGGCCUUUUUUUGUUUAUUUCAUUUUUUUUAAUUAUUAUUUUAAAUGAGGUUUUCAUUUUUUUAAAUGCAAUAUCUCUGUAUACAGACUGGCUGGGCCCCACCCCCUGCGUGUGGCCCUCCCACAGUAUUUUGUGCAAUGAAGCCCUGCUCCCAGCCUUUCAGAGACAGGGACACAUCCCUAUUUGGAACCCUGAUCAUCACCAGACCCUGGGAUCAGCUAUGGGAAAGCAUGCCACGGCCACUCAGCUUCCUACCCCCGCCUGCCAUCCCCAGCUGCAGGGGGAUCUAGGGACUACCAGAGACUCUGGGAAAUGGACAAGGUGGGGGGACCCCACUCUUUCCCUCCUGCGGUCCCGUAGCUGGGGCCUCCUUCCUUCUCAGGGUCUCCCCAGCCCAGCCCUCCUGCUCCCAUCCCACGCGGUGCUGUUGGGUAGGGGCCCUGCCAGGAACUGACCAGCUUGGCAAGGAGCCAUAGUGUGCAUAUGUGUAUGCACAAGGAGGGUUGGUGGGGGUGUGAGGGGUUGUGCCCAAGUGUUGCCCCCUAUCCCCUGGGGGGAGGGUAAGGCAGGGUAGGGACAGUCUCCAGGGUCAGUCCCUGGAUGGGUGGUUACCUCCCCUUCCUCCACCCUAAGCCCUGGGGCCCUGAAACGGGGUGGGAGGGCAGGGGUGGGAGCCCUCCUAGUGGGGUUUGGGGGGUUGGGUUCCUGAAUGCACCAUAAUCGCUGUAUGAAAUAUUAAAAAGUCUAAAGUGAAAA